AUGGCGGGGCCGGAGGCGGCUCUGUGGGCAGGGCCAGGGCUAGGGCUGUGCGCGGGGCUAGAGCUGUGGGCGGGGCCGGGGCUGAGCGUGGGGCUGCAGCGGAGCAGCGCCGUGGCUGCAGCGCUGCGUCUGGGGCUGCUCUUGGGGCUCCUCGGGGACCCGAGGGUCGCGACCAAAGUUCCCCACUCCCUGCGUUACCUGACUGUGGCAGUGUCAGAGCCCAUCCCGGGGGUCCCCCAGUUCAUGAUCACUGGGUUCGUGGAUGAGAUCCCCUUCACGCGCUACGACAGCGAGUGGGGCUGGGCGGAGCUGCUGACGCAGUGGAUAAAGGAUGGAGAAGGGCCGGAAUAUUGGGAGGAGCAGACCCAGAUUGCUGUGGAGAACGAGCACGUGGCUGCCAGGAACCUGGAGACACUGCGGGAGCGGUACAACCAGAGCAGGGGUCUCCACACAUACAGUGGCUGUGACCUCCUGUCCGACGGGAGGGUCCGUGGAUCCUUCUGGGAGGGCUACAACGGGCGGGAUUUCAUCUCCUUUGACCUGGGAUCUGGGAGAUUCGUGGCGGCCGACAGCGCUGCAGAGAUCACCAGGAGGCGCUGGGAACAGGAAGGGACCGUGGCUGAGGGCUGGAUGAAUUACCUGGGUCACGUCUGCCCGGAAUGGCUCCAGAAAUACGUUGGAUAUGGGCAGAAGGAGCUGGAGCACAAAGAGCCCCCUGAUGUCCAUGUGUCCGGAAAAGAGGAACACGGGACGCUGAUCCUCUCCUGCCACGCGUACGGAUUCUAUCCCAGCACCAUCGUAGUCAGCUGGAUGAAGGGGAAUGAUACCUUGGAUCAGGGGCCGGAGUGGGGCGGGAUCGUUCCCAACAGCGACGGCACCUUCCACACCUGGGCCAGGAUCGAGGCGCUGCCGGAGAAGUGGGAACAGUACCGGUGCAGGGUGGAGCAUCCUGGAAUGCUGGAGCCUGGGAUCUUCGCUUGGGAGCCAACAUCUGGUGGGAAUCUCUCCGUGUUGGUCACUGUGUCCGUCAUCGCUGCCAUCCUCAUCCUCAUCGUCCUCAUCGGAUUCGGAGUCUGGAGGCUCCAGUCUGGGAGGAGGGACGGGAAAGGAUACAACCCGGCAGCUGGAAAGAACGUGGGAACCAAUGGCCUGAGCACAGGUAGGGAGCAGGAUCGAGGUGGGAUUCCAGAGGAAAAUUGGGGCAGAAUGGAUGGACUGGGAUCAGGGAGGGAUUCUGAAUCAGAGCGGGGUCCAGAGUGGGAUCAGGUGGAAUUGUAGAGUGGGACUGGGGCU